AUGUCGCCCUGCAAAGCAUCACUCGGUGGUGUUGCCGACAACGUCGACAACCCACAACCAACCAACAACUUUGCUCUCCAACUCCAAGCACCACCCCCAUACAACCGGUGUACAACAGCCAUGGACCAUCAGAGUGGCCCCGUGGAAUCGAUCGAACUGUCUGAUAUGGAGCCGGGUAGGCCACUCCGCACAGCUCCCCUUGCUCCCGGCCCUGUCACUACCACCCACUACUACACCAACUAUGGUGGCUGUUACUACCUUCCCCCACCCAUAGUCGUCGCAUCAGUGGCCUUUGGCGCCUUCGGCAUGGGUUGGUUUGUGUAUGCCUUUAGGGUUUCCCUCGCCUCAUACAUCCUCCCCGAUUGCGCUACUCUACCAUAG